AUGAAAAAUAAUGACCAUGAACUGAACUUAUCCGUAGAUAAAAUGCUAAACCCUGUUACAGAGCCCCUUAAAAUCUUAUUAAAUAAGCAAAAACCAAACCAAGACCAUAAUUUAUCGACGCAAUCAUGCGCAGGUUCUGCUGGAUCAUUUGAAUCGCAAUUUCAGAACUAUUACGAUGCUGACUUGAGUUCUGCAGAAUCCCCAAAAAAUGAAAUUAAAGACAAUUUAGAGGCUUCAUUAGAUCGGAAUUAUAUCUAUGAUAUUUACGAUGAUAAAUUAAAUAUACCAUUUGGGAUAAGAAAAGAAAAUAAAACUUACAUGAUGGGAAAUUCAAAAGUUACAUUUUCUAAAAUUGACAGUUUGGAUAACGAAACUGUAUUUUUAGUAAAAAUUGGAGACAAAUCUUACAAUUUAACUAUCGGGUUAAGAGAACUUCUACUUAGAAAAAAAGCUGAUUUGAAUACUUUGAUACUAAUAUCAAGCGCUGAUAAACUCGUGUACAAAGAUAUUAUACACCAUACUAACGCUCAUAAGAGAGAUUUUAACCCUAGAGGUCAAAUAAGAGCUUGGAGGUUUUUACCUAAGCUUAAGAAAUAUAAAAUCAACACUGAUAUUGUAUAUUGGGACGAUCCAAAUGAAUUAGUUGAUAGAUUAAAACUUUUAUUAGCUUCAAGAGUUGCGGGCAACACAUAUCAUGAUAAUGAAAUUUUAUCGAUCAUUGAAGAAUUAAAAGAAGCUAACAUUAUAAAGGAAUAA